AUGUCUGGCUACGGAGAGAAAAUACUUUUCCCAGAUAAGUCUCUCUAUCUUGUUCAUAAAAUUCAUCAGGGAACGAGUCUUGGUAGGAUUUCUCAGUGGCAGACUCGGCCCAGGAAAUUACAGGCCGUCCCUAAGCCCAGCGGCAUCGCGAGUACCCCAUCCGGAUCAAUUGGGAAGAGAGACGAUGCAAAGAAAGGACAAUUCCGAUUUAUCGACUGCAACAGGCAAGAUAUUCAGCCUCGAGAGAAGAAGAAACGACAAGAAAAAAGAAAUACGGCCACUUUUCGCAUCCAAAAGAAGCCUCUGAUUCGCCGACCCUCGAGUCAGCCACCGAAGCAAUCAACAAAUGCCAGUCGAGUGCAUCGUGAUCACCUCCAGAUCACAAAAGAUCAUGCACCAAGUUUGCAUGUAACUUUUAACCAUGAAGUUCUGGGUCUUGCAAUGCCAGCUUUGUCGGAUAGAAUGCCUCCUUCAUUGUCCCAUCAUGUCAUUCUAUAUAUCAAUUACUACUUUCAUGUUAUCGCCACUGACACAUAUCCGCUGUCAUCACUCUUAUUGUUCAAUCCUGCUAAGCAACAUUGGUUUCCCCGUAUGUUAGGGGACGAUGUGUGGCGCUGCAUCAUUCUGUCAUACGCUGCAAGGACUCUUGCAAAGGUCACCCAGAAUAGCGUCAAUCUGCAAGACGCUCGCAGCUUAUUAAAUGAAGCCUUACAGAGACUGAAUCACAGAAUAUCCGCAGGAUAUAUGCAAACUGAUGAGACAUUAGGCGCUAUUGCCUGUCUAGCUAAUUGGAGUAAUUCAUUAGGCGACCACGAGAAAUCGUGGGCCCACGCUCGAGGACUAGCAGAGCUAGUCAGCAUUCGAGGAGGACUAUCCAGCAUUAAUGAGACACUCAGGUCCAAGAUGUACCGCGGCAUUCUUGAAAUCGCGGUAGACUCUGAUAAGAUUCCAAACACCCAGCUUCUAUCUGAUCUCGUAGAUACUACUGGAUGUUCCUCUGGUCAAGUCAAUGCGAUUGUCCCGGCGAAGCUUCCCUGCUCAUGCGAAAUAAGCAUGGAUUUAGCCAGUAUAUUCUGCGACAUCUCAUCACUGAGCGGCGCCCUUCAAGAUGCCAUGAUGAGGCAAACAAAACUCAAUCCCCAAUACAUGGAUUCGGCCGUUUUUGGCCUUCUCCAGCGGCUGCUUCUGUGUACCUCUCAGCAUAUGAGCGCAUGUCACAACGCAUUUCGAAUAUGUCUUAUUCUAUACAUCAAGUCUCUAACAUGCACGAUUAAACGAUUCGUUGUGACUUCAACGACUUUGGUUAGAAAACUUCAGUCUUAUAUGGAAGGUUGCUUAUUGACACCAACGCGCUUGACGAGAUGGAUGCUAUUCAUGGGCUGCCUGGCUGCUGCAGACGGAACACUCGAAAAGAAAUGGUUCGUCUCAUCUCUUGUUGAAUGUUUGUCACAAGACAUGAGAGGAGAGGAUGGUCAAUGUGCCUUCCAAAAUGAACUGAAUAGUAUAAUGUGGAUUGAGUUUGUACAUGGGAAGCAUACAGAUGCGAUUUGGUCCUUGAUAACUAGAUAG